AUGUCAUCCAGCGGCGGCAGUGCUCCCGGAGAAUUUGCCCACGGGAAAGUCGACCCCUCUGAGGCAGGGAAGAAGGGUGGUCAAGCAUCAGGUGGCAGUGGUGGCACGACCACCGAUAGCGGAACUUCUACCUCUACUGGUGGUAGUAACAAAGGAGAAUUUGCCCACGGGCAAGUUGAUCCUAGUGAAGCUGGAAGGAAAGGUGGCCUAGCUUCUGGAGGUAGCGGCGGCGGCGAUAGCGGCUCCACUGGAUCAGGGGGUUCUAGUGGUGGUGGUAGCAGUGGAGGAUUCGCCCAUGGCAAGGUCGACCCAGUUGAGGCUGGCAAGAAGGGUGGGAGCUCCUCCUAA